AACAAGGCUCCCAACAUUAACCCAAGUUGUCUCCGAUACUUCCCUUCACAGGGGUGUAAAAUGUUAACCGCCAGCCACAAUCCUACCCACCAAAUCCGGCUACCCAAGUCAAGCCUAGCUGAUACCACAACACCCAGAGUCCUCACCAUUAUAUCUACAGUUUUAGAAAACCUAGUGGCUCGGAACGACAGGCUUGUUGAGGUCCUGAGCGAGGGGUUAGAUGGCGGUGGCUCUGCUGCUGCUGCCGCGCAAGGGAAAGGCCUGAAGGCGUUUCAUGGCGUCAGGGCUCCCAAUAUAAGCAUACCAAAGUACUUGGAGAGGAUAUACAAGUACACAGAUUGCAGCCCAUCAUGCUUUGUUGUCGCAUACGUCUAUAUAGACAGGCUUUUGCAUAAAGCCCCUGAUUCGCUCAUCGUAUUCAUGAACGUCCAUAGAUUGCUGGUUACCAGCAUCAUGGUUGCUUCCAAGAUGAAUGAUGAUUCGCAUUAUAACAACGCCUUCUAUGCUCGGGUGGGAGGAUUGAGAAAUGCUGAGGUGAACCGGCUAGAGCUAGAGCUGCUUUUCCUUUUGGAUUUUGGGGUCACGGUUAGCUCCCCUGUUUUCAAGAGCUAUUGCUUCCACUUGGAGAAAGAGAUGUCGACGGACGGCGACACUGGCGGGAACAAAGUAGAAAAGGGAAUCAUAAGCCCCAUUUUGAUUGACGAUGUGGCCGAAAUAUCGGUCGACGAAGAUAGUCGAAGUUUUUCGCCCCCUCGAGUUGUGGACUAA